UGAAAGUGAAAUAGUUAAUAGAGAAAGGUGUAGACAGUGAAACUGGGUGUUAUUUUACGAGAUAUCGUUGUGUUUGUAGCCGUCAAACGCGGAGGUGUACCGUUCAUGUCAUGGCUGAUGUCCGGUCACCUGUCCUCGCUGAAUAAAGUGAAAGUCAGAGACGGUCAGAGUCACCUGGACUGAACACAGUGGCGUUAAGAUGAAGAGGUUAUUUCGAUAUUCACUAUGAGCAGAUAAGAUACUGACGAUGGAGCCGUAAUGAGCUUCUAACUGUGGAGCGUAUAAACAACUAAAAGUCAAACAUGCUGCCAGGAUGUAUAACCGCUACUUGCCACUAUUUGAAGUGGACUUUGCCUCACUGGAAACCUGCCUUUUCCUUAACUUAUUGUCCAUUGGAGCCAGGGCAAUGGAUUUUAAGACAGGCAGGUCUGAGAAAGGCUCAUAGCUGGACUACAGCACCUUCAUCAAGGCUAAACCAGAAGCCGGUGUUUGCCAGAGCUCCAGUGUAUGGAGAAAAGCUUGCAGUCAUAGACAGCAGUGGUAGCCACAGCUACAAGCAGCUGUACUGCCGCAGUUUAGGUCUUGCAAAUAGAAUCGGUACAGCUCUGAACUCAGACUUUGGAGGUCUGGAAGGAAAACGCGUCUCCUUCCUGUGUGCUAAUGACGCCUCCUAUACAGUAGCACAGUGGGCCACUUGGAUGAGUGGUGGGACGGCGGUGCCACUCUACCGAAAACACCCACCGGCAGAACUGGAGUACAUCAUUUCUGAUUCCCAGACUUCGCUGCUACUGGCAGCGGACCCCUACACUGAAACCCUCGAACCUCUGGCACAGAAGCUCGGGCUGCCGUGUCUGAAGCUGCCCCCUACUUCUGACCUGGAUGCUUUAUGUGAGGAAGACGCACAGGAGAAGGAGACAGCCAUCACAGACUGGGCUGAUCUACCAGCUAUGAUCAUCUACACCAGUGGAACAACAGGGCGACCCAAAGGGGUUCUGCAUACACACGGCAGCGUCCAAGCAAUGGUCCAGUGUCUGGUUUCAGAAUGGGCGUGGUCCAGAGAUGAUGUCAUCCUGCACACCUUGCCUCUCCACCACGUUCAUGGCGUCGUUAACAAGCUGCUGUGCCCACUCUGGGUGGGCGCCACCUGUGUCAUGCUUCCCGAAUUCCAUCCUCAGAAGGUGUGGGAGAUGCUGUUGAGCUCCAAGGCUCCCAUGGUUAAUGUGUUCAUGGCCGUGCCAACUAUUUACUCUAAGCUGAUCCAGUACUAUGAUCAGCACUUCACACAGCUUCAUGUGAAGGACUUUGUCAAAGCAUUCUGCAAAGAGAGAAUAAGGCUGAUGGUUUCAGGCUCGGCUGCUCUCCCGCUUCCCACUCUGCAGCGCUGGGAGGAGAUUACCGGGCACACACUCCUCGAACGCUACGGCAUGACUGAGAUCGGCAUGGCGCUGUCCAACCCUCUCAAGGGCCCACGCGUCCCAGGAGCUGUUGGGUUGCCGCUGCCUGGUGUGGAAGUUCGGAUUGUUAUGAAUAACACAAUUAAUACAACCAUUGUGGAAGGCACUCACAAAGAGACUCAGGUACGACCUGGUCUGGAGGGGAAAGAGGGGGAGCUUCUGGUUCGAGGGCCAUCUGUUUUUAAAGAGUACUUUAACAAACCUCAGGAGACCAGAGAGUCUUUCACUGAUGAUGGCUGGUUCAAGACAGGAGACACCGCUGUGUAUAAAGACGGCGUAUAUUGGAUCAUGGGUCGCACCAGUGUCGACAUCAUCAAGAGUGGUGGCUACAAGAUCAGCGCACUCGAUGUGGAGCGUCACCUUCUGGCUCAUCCAGACAUCACGGAUGUUGCUGUGAUUGGAGCCCCAGAUGCCACGUGGGGUCAAAAAGUCACUGCUGUAGUGCAGCUGAAGAGGGGCAAGAGCAUGACUUUGCCAGAAUUGAAGACCUGGGCAAGGGAGCACAUGGCACCCUACACCAUACCUACAGGCCUGGUGGUGGUAGAGGAGAUGCCGAGGAAUCAAAUGGGCAAGGUCAACAAGAAGGACCUCCUGCGACUAUUCUUUUCAUGACUGGAAAAGUUGCAUGACAACAUACAGGUGCCUGGAUAAAGAACUGCAGGUGUACAUCAGCAGAGAGAAACACGGCUGUUUCUCUGCACACAGGUAGACAGAGAGGAGGCAGAAAAGUAGAUGACGACAUCAUGGAACAUCGUGGAAGCUAACAUUUGAGGAAACUUAUUCGCAACUAUAAAUACACUAUAAAUAUAAUUUAUAUGUAAAAUGUAAUACACAGCGGAGGGCACAUCAUAAUCAAAGGUUUUGCGACUGUGUGCAAUGAACUUGUGACCUCGUGACCUUGAACAGGUAUGUAACCACUUGCGAUCAGCUGCCAUCUUCAAAACAACAUUGGUGCAUCAAGACUGAUAAAAUGGCAAAUAAAAAGGAGACAGCCAGUUUCACAGUUUGCGAGUGAAUGGGGUCAAGUUGGCAAAUAAAUGCAAAAAUCAGAUAUAUCAGGAAAAAUUGUAAAUACAUUGCUGUCUUCAAACACAGAAAGCCAGAUCACAGAAAUUCACAUUAACUUCUUACGUUCAGUCCAAGCAGAACCUCGCAGGUUUGAAACAGAAAUUCCUCCACAAAGUAGUUGUUGCUACGGUGAUUUAACUAUGUAACCAGAAUACAGCCAGCUGGCAACCAGGCGACUCAAGUCCUCAGUUACAAAGAGUUUGUGCCCAUUGGUGGAAACUGAUGCAGAUUGAUUGCAAUACGUUUUCACCCUGUUAUUAAUUAUUUGCCAAUCUCUCUGAGAGUGAGUGCAGUCAGUCUAUGAUUGCUGGGAGACAGGUUUCCUCCCAUUAGGAGGUCGCCUGUGGAGUCACAUUGCAAUCUGUAACUAACUAAAUGCAAGUAGUUGCAGUGAGCAAGUAGUACCAUCGUUCAGUCACUGGGCAAACAUGUUUACUGUCUACCACUUUUUACUCUUCUGUGACAUUGGAAAACUGUGGAAAUCAUCAGUCUGAUAUUUGUUUAGGGCAGUAUUGAACAGAACCUCUGCAAGGAGACACAGUGUUAGCGACACAAAAUUAGCCAUAUUAGCUUCAAAAAGGUGUGGUAUAAACAGUGUUUCUGUACAUGUUUGCUGUUAUCCAGGUCAUGACUUAGGUCCAAAAGAUUUGAUUCAAACUUGAGGGAACUUAUUGUCUUCAGGAAUCAAAAAGAAGACCCUUUGUCUUCUACUGAAGUACUUAUCAUAUAAAAAAACCAAACACUUCAAUUGUGAGUGUGCUUUCAAAUUAUGCUACUUUCCCACAAUGAAAGGUCCGUAGAGGACCUUUUUAGAGCUAAAAAAAAAAAAGUGAAUCGGUUGCAAAUGUUUGUGGCAGCUCUUGGAAAACAAAAAAUAAAUAUGAAAUUUCAAACACUUUGUGAAGUGUUUUGCACCCAGCGAAACUGAGGGGUCCGCUCUUCAAUCUGCAUUAAUGAGAGGGGAACAGCUAGCUGUGGUGUGCAUGGAUCGUGAUGACCAGGAUUUUCAAAUGCUCCACUAAAAAAAUGCUCAAACCCAGAAGCAGCGUUUGGUAAAUGUGCUCUUAUUGAAAUAUUCUGAUGUUUGAUUAGUGAAAAUGGUGUGAUCAGAGAAUGCACAAUGACAGCUUUUUGUGGUAGAGUGGUGUAACCAGAAUCAAGGAUCAUGGUUAAUUAAACCUGCACUAAACAAAAUGAAAUCCGGUGCGGUGGUAAAUCAGGAGAAAGACGAUGAACACUGUUGGGUUGAUUUAGUUUUGUAAACACACUGAUGCACUUGGAAUAACAGUUUUCAUAUGAAAAUUAAAAAGUUUUGGAAAUUUUUAAUUAAAAAGUGUUUUGGAAGUUUUUUUUCCCCCAAAGAGUGUUACACUGUGUCUGUGCAGCUGUGGCUAUGCAGGUGCAAUGAGAGCCUGAAGGCGGAUUCUCUAGCAAGGCACAACACCACAGCUGGAUGCCCCGCACUCCAUCUGACUAACCCUCUCGCUCCGCUCGCUCUUCUCACCUCUCAUCGGUUCUCAUCUCCAUUCCUACAAUGUCUAACCUCUUCUGUCUUCAUCAUGAGUUACGACAAAUUGCAGUGGUACCGGGACCGACUCGGCUGUGAGACUCUUCUCGGAUGAACCCUGGCGUGCCGCCAGAGUGUGCAGAGAGCGUGUGAAGAGAUGUAAGUAAAGCCAGGGAAAGAAGACAAAAAUACGAUGCAGGACUGUCACAGUGAUUGGAUUUCUAACAACAGCUGUGAAAAUGAGGGUGAAAGAAAUUAAUAUGCAAAAAAUAAAGUCAGCAAAGGGCAUGAAGUAAGUGAUACGGCCGGGGCAAUAAGCAACGAGGAGAAUGAGCCAAGGCGAUACGGUUGAGAUAAACAGUCGUGGUGAAGAGUCAGAGGACUGAAGAUAGAAAGAAAUACAAGUGCAGCCCCCAGCUGAUACAACCUUCUGUCCACACACAGAAACACACGCACACACGCACUCGUCCGCCCACAGUCACCAGAGACCUGAUUAAGAGAGCAGAGCUAUCGAUCUGUGGGCUGGCAGGCUAGGAUGGAUGAGCAGGCAGGGCUGCAAGAGCACCAGAGGACAGCUUCAGUGCCCCCAAAUCCCCACGCCACCCCACCCAACCACCCACGCCAGAGCCGGGAGUCAGCUGGGGCCACGGGCAAGAAGACUGGGGCUGCCACACGGAGGAGGGUCAAAUUCAAACUGAAGAGCGCGUGUGGUGUGAAGUAAUCAGUGCACCGUACUGUGUGUAUUCAGGCGAGCACCAAGGACAGGUCUCGGUGCUCACCUGGUGCACACACGGGAGGGGCCAGGGAAGGUGGUGGCUAUUCCCUGGACUCAACUUGAUGGAGUACUCGUGCCCUUGAACUGUCUCUACCUCCCCUUUUUGCCUCUCUCUCUCUCACACACACAAACACGCACGCACUCGCCCAUGUUUGCCAGAGUGUGGUGGAAGAGGUUGUCUGCAGAUGGCUGCUUAUUGGGCCCCAGGGUCCUGGAGGGUGGGUUAUGGGGGACACCGAUGAGACCGUUUGUGUAUUUGAGAUACAAACAGUGUUUGUGGCAAAGGUGAUGGUACAAAGAAGCUAACACAGAGUUCA